AUGGCCACUCCACUGGAGAAGCGGUUCAAGAAGGCGGUUUGGCUCAUCAGGAACGGCCCGCCAAAGGCGGGCACCAGCAAUGACGAGAAGCUCAAGUUUUACGGGCUGUUCAAGCAGGCGACUGAGGGCGACUGCACUGCCCCGCAGCCCUGGGCCGUGCAGAAGUACAUUGACCUGGUGGCAGAGGGGGACCUCAGCUGGGAGAGCCACGAGGCCCUCAAGGACUACAGGGAGGAAGAAGCGUAG